CUCCUAUGUUCUUUUUCUUUUUCCCCCUCCCUUCGUUUUAAAGCGAGAACAACGCUUAGGACACUCAAGAAUAAAUUGUUAUUUUGUCAUAUUUUUCGACUUUAAAUUUGUCAAAGGUGAGUAGCCAUGGCCCGUACAAAGCAGACUGCCCGUAAGUCCACUGGAGGAAAAGCUCCUCGUAAGCAGCUGGCCACGAAGGCCGCUCGUAAGAGCGCUCCUUCUACUGGAGGAGUCAAGAAGCCCCAUCGCUACAGGCCUGGUACUGUGGCCCUGCGUGAGAUCCGUCGUUAUCAGAAGUCCACUGAGCUGCUGAUCCGAAAGCUGCCGUUCCAGCGUCUGGUCAGAGAAAUCGCCCAGGACUUCAAGACUGACCUGCGCUUCCAGAGUGCUGCCAUCGGGGCUCUGCAGGAGGCCAGUGAGGCUUACCUGGUGGGUCUUUUUGAGGACACCAACCUGUGUGCUAUCCACGCCAAGCGUGUGACCAUCAUGCCCAAAGACAUCCAGCUGGCCCGCCGUAUCCGUGGAGAGCGUGCUUAGACGCUUCUCAUUUAUUAUAUGCUGUUGUUUCCCUCUGUCCCUCACUCUGAGUAGUUUGGUUUAGGGUUAUAUAUAAAAUGUGUGAUCAUGUCUCCUUUGGUGCUACACGUAGCUUUUAUCUUAAAUAUAUCCUGUUUGUUUGCAUUAUUAAUUAGAUCACUUGUGAAAAAAAAAAAACUGACUCAAUAAUACUUUAUGUCAAAUAGGGUGUUUUUGUAAGGUUUGUGAUUUAAUUUGCAACUAAAUUUAUCACUAGGAUAAAAUAUCUGCAGACACACAUGUACUUUGAUUGUCGUAGAAGUAGCUCUUUUUAAUUUUUACAAUUAAGGUGUAUUUCUACUGUUCAGUGUAUCAAAAAACAGACAUUUGGUUCUGGUCAUCUAAAAAUGUCAUUGUUCUGUGAUGAUACUGCAUGAUUUGACAGCGGCAUAUAUGUAGCAAAUUUAUGUUGAUGGUAUUUUAAUUUUCAACCUCACUGUGUCCAGGUGACAUUACUUUUUGUUCCACUCUCAGGUUAUUAUAACCUUUUUUCUACAGUGUUUUGAUUUGUUUUUAUUUUGAAGCUAAAUAUUUGUACUCUGAAAUUCAUAUACCAACAUAAUAAACACGUGGAAAACUA